CCCUCGCCGGCCGCGGGCGGAGCUCGAUCGGCGGCGCUCGGAGCUCCCCGGCUCCCGCCCUUGCCUCUCCCUCCCCGGAGGCCCCAGCGGCCGCGGCCGUAGAGCCCCGCGCGGCGCCAGCAGCUGCCAAGAGGCCAAGGGAUGAGCGGGGGCCUUCCUUCCCAAUGGCAUCUCCCCCCGGCCUGGAACUGAAGACACUGCGCAAUGGCCCCCAGAUCCCAAGGAGACCAGCUCCUCUGGGCCCGGCGGCUCUGCCCAGGGAGGGUGUGGAGAAUGUCUGCUUUUCCUCAGAGGAGUGCGAGACUCAUUUCCAGAACCCAGGGGACACCAGACUGGGCAGAUCCCCCAGCACCCCCGGAGGGGGGUUCCCCUCACGGCCCCGAUCCCAGCGGGACGAUCUAUCCCUGCGUUCAGAAGAGGGGCCAGGCCUAGAGCCCGUGAGCCGCCCGGUGGAUUAUGGCUUUGUUUCUGCUCUCGUUUUUCUGGUGAGUGGGAUCCUCCUGGUGGUGACAGCAUACGCCAUCCCACGUGAGGCCCGAGUCAACCCUGACACAGUGACAGCGCGGGAGAUGGAGCGGCUAGAGAUGUACUAUGCCCGCCUGGGCUCCCACCUGGACAAGUGCAUCAUUGCGGGCCUGGGGCUGCUCACCGUGGGCGGCAUGCUUCUGUCAGUGCUGCUGACGGUCUCCCUGUGCAAGGGCGAGCUGUACCGCCGGCCCACCUUCGUCCCCGGCAGGGGCUCCAGGAAGACCUACGGCUCCAUUAACCUGCGCAUGAGGCAGCUCAAUGGGGAUGGGGGCCAGGCCCUGGUGGAGAACGAAGUUGUCCAGGUCUCAGAGGCCAGCCACACCCUCCAGGGGUCUUAAGUAAGAGCCCACCCUGUGUGGCUGCUUCAGCUGCAGGGCUCCAAGGCCCCCGAGAGCCUGGGGUUGCAGACUGAGCUCCACGGAGGGCCCUGCGGAAGGAGCCUUGGGUGGGUGCUGGAGGGGGGCGUCCCGGGGCCAGGCCCAGGCGGCACGUGGGAGAGCGGUUCCCUGAUCCGUUUGCAGCUUGAGGUUUUGCCUAAGGUUUGUUUGGAGGAUGGCUUCUGCUGCUAAAAAUACAAAAAUUUGGAAACCACUGCCCUUGGAGGAUGAGGUUUCUUGGCAUUUCCGAGGAUUGAGAGCCCUUCGAAAGGCUGCCCAUUCUGUUCCUCAUGCCUUGGGGAAUUCCGGGAUCUCUGCGGUCCUCAUCAGCCAAGUGUGGGUGUUGGGCGACCUUGGAGGGACCCCCUUUCAGCCCUGACCGUCUGUUGGGAGGUGGCUUCCCGACGACAGGAGAAAUCCACACUGAGGUGACCGUCCCCU